GUUAAAGAUAGACACAGUGGACGCCAGAAACUGGAAGCCGGGUUUUUAAACUCCUGUCUCUCCCUAGAAUUUCAGAAUUGGUUAUGAUCUCAGGGGUAAUUAGCCAUUUGGCUAAAUCUGUUCUCCCAUGAACGUGCUAGCAAUCACUGUGUGCUCUAGAUGAACUGGAACUAAAAAGGUUGAAGAGGGGAUGCUGUACCUGGUCCAGGAUAAAUAGGACUUACAAGCCCCUGGAAGCACCUGAGAAGUCUUCAAAUGCCACAGUCAGCUGCCAUUUCAAAGAAAACAAAAUAGAUGGUUCUGGAAAGUCCAUGCUGUCUCUUCAUUGAAUUUUAGGGUCAUUACUGGUUUUAUCCAGUGCUCUCUACAAUGGGGACUGAUGCCCCAUGGGCCAUAUUUUAUUCAUCAUUGCCUCCAGCUUCCCCAAAAUGAUUGAAGAUAGUGGAAAAAGAGGAAACACCAUGGCAGAAAGAAGACAGCUGUUUGCAGAGAUGAGGGCUCAAGAUCUGGAUCGCAUCCGACUCUCCACCUACAGAACAGCAUGCAAGCUGAGAUUUGUGCAGAAGAAAUGCAAUUUGCACCUGGUGGACAUUUGGAACGUCAUUGAAGCAUUGCGGGAAAACGCUUUGAACAAUCUGGACCCAAACAUAGAACUCAACGUGGCCCGCCUGGAGGCGGUGCUCUCCACUAUUUUUUACCAGCUCAACAAGAGGAUGCCAACCACUCACCAAAUCCACGUGGAGCAGUCCAUCAGUCUCCUGCUGAACUUCCUGCUCGCAGCCUUUGACCCGGAAGGCCAUGGUAAAAUCUCAGUAUUUGCUGUCAAAAUGGCUUUGGCUACAUUGUGCGGAGGAAAGAUCAUGGACAAGUUAAGAUAUAUUUUCUCAAUGAUCUCUGACUCCAGUGGAGUGAUGGUAUAUGGAAGAUAUGACCAAUUCCUUCGGGAAGUUCUCAAACUACCCACAGCAGUUUUUGAAGGUCCUUCAUUUGGUUACACAGAACAGUCAGCCAGAUCCUGUUUCUCCCAACAGAAAAAGGUCACCUUAAAUGGCUUCUUGGACACGCUCAUGUCAGACCCUCCUCCACAGUGCCUGGUAUGGCUGCCUCUUCUGCACCGACUGGCAAAUGUAGAAAAUGUCUUCCAUCCAGUUGAGUGUUCCUACUGUCACAGUGAGAGCAUGAUGGGAUUUCGAUACCGAUGCCAACAGUGUCACAACUACCAGCUUUGCCAGGACUGCUUCUGGAGGGGCCAUGCAGGAGGUUCUCAUAGCAACCAGCACCAAAUGAAGGAGUAUACAUCGUGGAAAUCACCUGCUAAGAAGCUAACGAAUGCAUUAAGCAAGUCCCUGAGCUGUGCUUCAAGCCGUGAACCUUUGCACCCCAUGUUCCCAGACCAGCCUGAAAAGCCACUCAACUUGGCUCACAUCGUUGAUACUUGGCCUCCGAGACCUGUAACCAGCAUGAACGACACACUCUUCUCCCACUCUGUUCCCUCCUCAGGAAGUCCUUUCAUCACCAGGAGCUCUGCUCCCAAGGACAGUGAAGUAGAACAGAACAAAAUGCUGGCUAGGGCUGCUCCAGCCUUUCUGAAGGGCAGAGGGAUACAGUACAGCCUGAAUGUGGCAGACAGGCUAGCUGAUGAACAUGUUCUCAUUGGGUUGUAUGUCAACAUGCUCCGGAACAACCCACCAUGUAUGCUUGAGAGUUCAAACCGGCUUGAUGAAGAACACAGGCUGAUCGCCAGGUACGCCGCACGACUGGCAGCAGAAUCCUCCUCAUCCCAGCCCACACAGCAGAGGAGUGCCCCUGACAUCUCCUUCACCAUUGAUGCAAAUAAACAGCAAAGGCAGCUGAUUGCAGAGCUAGAGAACAAGAACAGAGAAAUCUUACAAGAGAUUCAGAGACUUCGGGUAGAACAUGAGCAAGCUUCCCAGCCCACACCAGAGAAAGCUCAGCAGAACCCAACCUUGCUGGCAGAACUCCGGCUCCUCAGACAGCGAAAGGAUGAGCUAGAACAGAGGAUGUCUGCUCUCCAGGAGAGCCGGAGAGAGCUGAUGGUCCAGUUGGAAGGUCUCAUGAAGCUCCUGAAGGAAGAAGAACUGAAACAGGGAACCCAGGGGGCAGGCUCCCCACGCUCUUCCCCCAGCCACACCAUCAGCAGGCCGAUCCCCAUGCCCAUCCGUUCGGCAUCUGCCUGUUCCACACCAACGCACACCCCACAGGACUCCCUCACUGGGGUAGGCGGAGAUGUGCAAGAGGCGUUUGCACAAAGUUCAAGAAGGAAUCUAAGGAAUGACCUGCUGGUGGCUGCAGACUCCAUCACCAAUACCAUGUCCUCUCUGGUGAAGGAGCUGAAUUCAGAGGUGGCGAGUGAAACAGAAAGUACUGUGGAUUCCGAAUUUUCGAGACCUCAGUUUGAGGAUCUGGUUCCAUCACCGACCUCUGAGAAGGCUUUUCUAGCCCAAAUCCACUCCCGGAAACCUGGGUACAUUCACGGUGGAGCUACAAGUACCACGCAUGGUGACAUGGUCCCAGAAGAUGGGGAUCCUUACACGCAACCCGAGGAUGGCAAUUAUGAGAAUGAGUCUGUGCGGCAGCUGGAGAAGGAGCUGCAGCUGGAGGAGUACCUGAAGCAGAAGCUGCAGGACGAGGCCUACCAGGUCAGCUUGCAAGGUUGAAUGCAAUGCCUUUUCUCACUCUCCUCUCAAGCAAGCUAUAGUCAGACAGAUGAGGAAAGAUACAUGCCAUCCGGUGGUGGAGAGAGCUGCACCCACCCGACAGAGAGGAGGAAGACUGCAGCCUGGAAGCAGCCUCCUGCUCGCUUGCUCGCUGGGAGAGAGGAGCCACCACACCCAGCAGCUCCAACAACCCCCUCCCCUAAAGAUGUGUUCUGACGCCUGUAGUGCAGCUAGCUUUCUGUUCUAAACUCUGUAGUUCCUAGGUGUGUGUUUUAGAAGGGGGGUGGGGGCUUGAGACUUCUGUUCCUAGAUAAUUUAUCAACUCCAUCUUCUGUAACAUGGCUCAUCCCUGGUUCAAAACAAACACCCACAGGCUGAGAGCCUGCUGCUGUUACACACAGGACAGCAGUAUUAACGAGCAUUUUAAACCUUUGCACACAAUAUUGAACCCGUUCAGUUUACAACGACAAUAUUAAUACUGGUUUGUAGCUAGAAUUUUCAUUUCUGGAUCCUUUGAGAUUUUAGCAAAGACGGUUUUAUUAUAUACUAUACAUUUUCUCCCACAGCAACUGGGAGGGAAGGCAACAAUCUACAAUAGAAUUUGGAUUUUGAGUGUCCAAACUCAGGACCCAGAGCCAAGAAGGGUCCUUGGCCUACCCAUGUCCCCAAGUCCCUCUGAGAAAUGAUUAAACCUACCAACAGAAAUAAUGGGCUCUUGGGGGGCUCCUUUCCAAAGUGGAUUGUUUUCCUUCAACAUACUCUAAUGACUCAGCCAUAGAAUUUAGUGUAAAUACUUUUUCCAAGUAGAUGUCAUAUUCAAAAAAAAAUGAAAGAGAGACAACAUUCAAAUGAUAUAGAAUCUAGUUUUUAAAAUCAGCACAGAUCUUCUUUAAAAACUGUGAACUAUGUUUUGGAAUACUCGUUACUAAAGCUGUUUAUAAACCACAGGUGCCAUAAGGUCCCCCAACGGACUACAGUUACCUGCACUCCUCCACGCCUUGCUCUCCACAGUGUAUCUUUAGGAAGCAUGACUUACACAGCACUGCUCAUUGACAAGUUCCCUCAUCGGUAGUCCCGAGGCCUUCAGCUUUAAAUGUAUGGGCUUAAAGUGCGCUUGCUCCCUUUUUCUUUCUGAAUGGUGAUUGCCUUACCUGGACACCUGGUGUUCUGCAUGCAGUUGUGUGGGCAUGUGAAAGGAGACAGACAAGCUCUUCAGUGUGGUAUUGGGAUGUCACACUCAGCUGGAAGCUGGUGUGUAAAAGAACUGUCAAAGACAAGAGGAUAAGAGCCUGUGGACUGACGGGUCCCCUUCUCGAGGCCCCUCAUUAGAGAGAUCUCGAAAGAGCCUCCUUUAGCAAUUCUGGGGAAACUGGAAAAGUAAUUGAUUGUUUCAAGAUCUGAUGUAGAAGAAAAAAAAAAAAAAAAAAAAAAA